AUGAUGAAUGAAAUCUUUAAGGACCUGAUCGAUGAAGGAUGGAUGAUCAUCUACAUGGACGACAUCCUCAUCUUCUCGAAUAACAUGGAGGAACAUCGACAGCGUACACUUCAAGUCCUAGAACGACUCAAGCAAAAUGAUCUGUUCGUCAAACCGGAGAAAUGCACGUUUGACUCCCAAAAAGUAGAAUACCUUGGGAUGAUCAUACAUCCGGACCAUAUUGGAAUGGACCCGAUCAAGUUGAAAGGAAUCCAGGACUGGUCAGAACCAACAACGGUGAAAGCCGUCCGCGCAUUCAUUGGUUUUGCGAACUUCUACAGGAAGUUCAUCGAUCAUUAUUCCGAGAUAGUAUGA